AUGUCAAGAAUUGGUUUUUCAUGCGGUGCUUGCAAGUACUUGAGAAGAAGAUAUAUCGAAGGGUGCAUCUUUGCCCCUUAUUUCUACAAUGAAGCAGGAAAUAUUGAUUUUGAAGUUAUCCACAAAGUUUUUGGUUCCAAAAAUCCCUUCAAUCUCCUGAGCCAUCUUCCGGUAAAAGACCGUAAUGAGGCUGUUACUACAAUGAUAUAUGAGGCUCAAGCUAGGAUUCAAGAUCCGACUUACGGCUGUGUAUCUGAAAUUCUUAUCCUCCAACAGCAGGAUUUUGUAGACUCUUAUGCAAACCUUCAACAUGUUCAAAAUCAAAUUCCGCCAGAAACCAAUCCUAUUCUAGAACUGGAUCCGAGCAUCGCUGGAGAUAUUGAUGAACUUGGACCAGUUGUGUUCGGCAGACAUCAGCAUUGA